UUAGUUGUACGAUAUUGAUAAUGAUGGAUAUAUCACCCGUGGGGAAAUGCUGAGGAUCGUUGAUGCUAUCUAUAAAAUGGUUGGAUCUAUGGUGAAAUUACCAGAAGAUGAGGAUACGCCAGAGAAAAGAGUCGAUAAGAUAUUCCAGUUAAUGGAUACCAACAAAGACGGAAAGCUGAGUAUGGAGGAGUUCAGAGAAGGUUCUAAACAAGACCCUACCAUCGUCCAAGCGCUGAACCUUUAUGAUGGAUUGGUUUAAAUCACGUGCCCCCUUCCUACUUCUCAAAUUACCCCCAAUACCACUUUGUAAACCACCCAUUCCUUUUUUUCCUUCAAAAAAUCUUGCCUUAACUCAACCCAUUUCUUUGUGUUCCACAUAUUGGAUUGGUUCUGAAUGGCGUCAUCUCUAUUAGCCAUUGUGUUGGUUAUUAGCUCAACGCGUGGUCACCACUAUGUAUUUAGUUACCCUCCCGAUCCGCAAAGGAAGCAGAGUCAUAAACAAUCUGAACCUACCUCGUCUGAAAAUGUGUAUGGUAUAGCAUGGCGGCAGCAACAACAUCAGCAGCAAAACGAACAGCAGCAGCAGCACCAUGAUUCUCACAGCCAAUUUGAAGGUAGAGACUCCAUUUUCGGUAUCGACACUGGUUUUCUGGCAGACGCAUUGGCUCCCAAAUCUCCAUUAAGAGACAGAAAGUUUCAAAUGACCAUUGACGAUCUGACCUUUGUUGGUCACCCUAUCAGUCUCACGGCCGACGACCACCAGCAACAAGCUCAGCAACAACCUUCACAGCAGAAAAAGUGGCAAUCCAAUGAUGAUGGUAACGGGCAUAGGCGAACUAGUAAAGGCUCUAACCCGGCCGUGGACGACUCCCACUCUUCAUCUCACAUUACCCAGUUUCAUGUCGUGUUCGUCAUCAGCCCGCCAGAUCUUGAACUCAAUAAUCAGGUCGAUAUAUUGUAUGACCAUAUUAUCAAGAGAUACACCACUGCACUUCGGUAUGAACAGCUCCGAUGCGAGUAUGUGAAACGCGAGGCUGAUAAAGUUCUGGCUAUCAAGGAAGAAGCUACCAACCACGGAACUCCUUAUUCGCAAGUGAUGUUAUCGAUUCUGGCCGAGUCAUCUCUUGCUCGGGACAUCAAGCACAUCUUUACCAGCUUGUCUUCCAACUCCAUUGCUCAUGUCAUUGUCAACGAUUUUAUCGACUUGUCACUUCAAUUGCCCGUGGUUGGAAACCAACAAAAGCUGUCCAUGAUGUUACAGUAUCCUGGCGCUACUAAUCCCGUGAAUGAAUCUGUGGCUAGCAUCUAUGUUGGAGCCUAUGAAUACGACAAAUACCCCGUUCUGUGCCCAUACCAUACGCUCUUGCUUUUGGAGGAUCCAGAAGAAGUGUUGAAAAGUAUGCCUCUAGACUCCAAUCCAACCUUGGUACAGCUCGUUCAAAUUUUGACACCAACGCAGAACCUGCAAGAAUUGCAUUUAUUGCUGGACUGCUCACUGGCGCAAAUUUACCGUCUGGCCGCCCAUCUUAUUUACUGGCGAAAAGCGAAACUUAUCCAUCCCAUUCAUGCACGAAACGUCUACGCCAUUUCGCCUGUCGCUAAAAUGGAAAAUUUCAAAGAGCUGGAAGCUGAUUUCAAGUCUCAUGUUCCUGGCCUGGAUCUUCCAACGUUACUAUCCGAGCUUUCUUCUACUCGGCCAUUAUACAUGAUCACUCCAUCGAAAGAAUUACGCCAGCAGUAUUGCGUUGCCAUCAUGUAUCUACUGAGAUUUGACCUGGUCAUUCAGUUGCAUAUGUAUUUGGUAUUACUCCCAAUCCCUAAGGAGGUAUCCCCGACGUCGACAUCAGACGAUCAGCUUGGGUCUAGCCCCACGGACGACUGGCUUAAGCGAUUUGCAUCGGAUAAAGCGCCUCGUGAAGUCGCAGAUUUAUUUCAAAGGCUGGUUCCUUAUCUCAAUGGUCGGCAUCCUAUGGAUGAAAUUGUGUUUCGAGAAGGCAUCACGCGCAAGCAACUCAGCCUUGUUCUCAAGUAUUAUGCCGACUAUAUCGUCACCUUGUACCAUUACGCUAAUUAAUCG